GUGGGAAGCAAUCUGGUAUCAAGUGUCUCAGGCAAGGACAUCGGCGAUUCAUCCUCUCCCAGAUCAAGUCCAGGUGGGAGCUAGAAUAGCCAACCCCUUAGUGGCUGAAAUCUGCCUUUUUUGGGAUGAAGCUCCAUCAGGGUCUCAUCAGCCCUCCACACAGAGCCUCUUUUUUCGUUUACGGGACAAGCAGUACGAGCUGCUCUCCCGUUCUUCAGGUUUCCACUUGAAAUCCGACUUUAUGCCAGGAGGCGUACUCGGUUGUCGAGCGAUAAUGGGUAUGUCAUCAUCUUCUCCAAGAGGGUAGGAGGAUCUAUACCAGGCUGAUUGCUGGUUCUUCACACUGGCCACGAACAAAGAAAAAAGUCCCUGAACGAGGCAUAGAGGACAGAGCGUCUCUCACCAUUUUUUUUCUCGAGUUUUGGGGAUCGAGCAACUGUUAAACUCAUUUUAGUCACCACGAAUGAAGAUAAAAAAUAUUUUUAAUAAUAAACGUGAAACAAUUUAGUAAUUCUACUAUUCUAGUGACAAACAUGCAAUUUACCCCCUAAUUGUUUCAAGGAGAAGAGCUACGGAAAGUUAACUCAUGCUAAAGUGGAGGACAAAUUAAACCCUAGAAAUUUGACGAUCUCCAAAAGACCAAAACCCUCUUCCCCGACUUGUACUACUGUGAACUGAUUCCUGAAGCUCUACUUGGAAGCCGAAGUCCUGAUCCAGCAAGUGAGUUUCUAUUGUGAUUCCGCUCUUUAGCUUUCACCGUCCCGAGCAUUCUACUUUCGGUUUCCCCCUGCAGCGAACAGCACGAAUGCGAGAUCCGCGAUCUCAAAUCAAAUUCGUUUUCUGUGCAUUGCUAUUCAGCCUCUUGACUGCAUAUGGGUUGUGAACUUUUGUUUUCCUAUUUGUUGUUCGUUAGCUAGAUUCUAGUUUUCCUUUCAGUUUACUGUCGAUGAUCUUUCUAGUCCUCUGUUUCUGUUGUUGCUGAAUAUCAGAGUCUUCUUCCCCUUAAUUUAUUGAAUGGGUUUGGGAAGUUACACAUACUGAAUCAUAAUUCCCUUGUAUUGGAUAUCCUGAAGAGUCUAAAAGCUAGGUAAACCAUCAUUAUCAUGGCAUUAGCUCGACAUACCAUUGUUUUCAUCUUCUUCUUCUUUUCUAAUCUUGUAUUUGUGGUUUGACCAUUUCUCGGAUUCUACGGAUAAAAGUGCUCUGAAGGAUUCUAUUUGAAUUCUCGUAGCUAAGCUGGCGAAAGGUUUUGUUUGUUUGUUUUACAGACAGCUGGACUUUUAUGCCCCCCCGGGUGUUGACAGUCGUAAUACUAACGAGGCAUGUCUGUGAAUCCUAAUGCUCCAAUGGCUUAUGGGGAUGAGGAUGUUUCUUCAGGUUCUGCUGAUGGUGCAAACACGAUGGAUGGACACAACAAGCGGCCAUCUGGGACACCUGCUGGUUCUGGUCGUAAGAGAGGUCGGAAGGCCACUGGUGAUGCUAUUGUGGAUGCCAUGCUUGAAAUCGCUGCAGCUUCGAAAUUGCGGGCAGCUGCCAUCAUGAAGAAUACUUGGGCAAACAUGGAUGACAUUGACUUGCAACUCGACGAGAUGGAAUUAGCUGCAGCAGCUGCUGGAUAUUACUAUUUUAACAGUUUAACUAGGCAACCUCCGCUUGCUUCGUCCAAUGGCAAAGGUAGCUUUAUGACUCAAGUACUAGAUGGUCCUCAUGAAUUAUGCAGGGAGAUGUUUCGGAUGGAUAAACAUGUCUUUCACAAGUUAUGUAGCAUCCUUCGGCAGAGAGGUUUAUUGCGUGAUACGUGUGGUGUUAUGAUAGAGGAACAACUGGCAAUUUUCUUGAACAUCAUAGGUCAUAAUGAGCGCAACCGAGUAAUUCAAGAAAGGUUUCAGCAUUCAGGUGAAACUAUAAGCCGUUAUUUCAAUAAUGUGCUAAAGUCGAUCAAAUCACUUUCACGCGAAUUCUUACAGCCAGCACCUGGGACUACUCCCCCUGAAAUUCUUUGCAGCAGGAGAUUGCAUCCAUAUUUCAAGAAUUGUAUUGGGGUCAUAGAUGGCAUGCACAUUCCUGCACAUGUACCAGCCAAAGACCAAUCUCGAUUUCGCAAUAGGAAAGGAUUCUUAUCACAAAAUGUACUUGCUGCCUGUACAUUCGACCUGCAAUUCAUCUUUAUUUACCCAGGUUGGGAAGGGUCUGCUGCGGAUUCACGUGUAUUAAGAGCAGUCCUUGAUGAUCCUAAUCAGAAUUUCCCUCAUACUCCCGAAGGAAAAUACUAUCUGGUGGACAAUGGGUACAUAAACAUGAAAGGAUUUAUUGCGCCAUAUCCAGGAGUUCGCUAUCACCUUCAUGAAUUUAGGGGUGCUAAUAAGCUACCUAGAACUGCAAGGGAACUAUUUAAUCAUCGGCAUUCCUAUCUUAGAAAUGCCAUCCAGAAGUCAUUCGACACUCUUAAAAGGAGAUUUCCCAUACUCAAAGUUGCAACACAGUAUGGAUUUCAGAUUCAAAGGGAUAUAGUCAUUGCUGCCUGUGUGCUGCACAAUUUUGUAAGACGUGAGGAAAGAAACGAUUGGUUGUUUGCCAGUGUUGAAGCAGUUGCUGCAGUGGAAGAAGAAACUUCCGACAUCGAUGCUCAGCCUGAUAUUAUGCAGUUAGGUUCCUCUGUACAGGAGGAAAUCGCCUUCUCAUUGAGAGAAUCAAUGGCAGCUGCAAUGUGGAAUGACUUCGUAACCACAUGGGAUGAAUGGUGAUUGGUACCCUUGGCGUCCAUGUUCAGACCUGGUAAAACAACUGCUUUUGAGCUCAACAUGGCUGAGUUGCCGCAGGACAUUUGGCAAUUGUCCUCAACAUUUUCGUAAAGGAAGAGGAAAUCGGUUUCCGGAAAUGAUUGUAACUUGAUGGUUUCUCCUUUGAAUGAUAUUUAAUUUUAUUUAGGAAUAAUAGCUUUUAUACCCCUGCAAAUUCACGUAUAUGUUCCUCUAAUUUUUUUUAGGGUUAAUAUCCUAGUAUGGCCCGAAGUUUGGCGUAAGUGACAGUUCUGGCCUCAUUUUUCAAAUAAGACAUUUAUGGCCUA